AGAAACUCGAGAACGGUCUUGAAAAACAGUUAUUACAGAGUUUUUCUUUUAAAUUCAUUGUGUUGGAAAAGACCUGGCAAAACAAACUAGACUAGCUUUACCAAACUACUCUGAUCUUCUGUUGGAUCUCUUGGACGAGGCAAGAUUUUUUUGAAAACAUGCAAUUUUUCUCUUCUGCUGUUUUCACAAACCUUCUGAUGUGCGUGCUGAGUUGGGUGUCUGAAAAAUGUCUCGUCUACGAAGGUUACUUGAACGACAUCAUCGUAGGCGACUGUCCAAACAGUAACCUAACAGCAAACUGUCGAGACGUCUCCAACAUAGCACUCGAUCUUGCCAGGAUUCCACCUCAUCUUGAGGUCCUUUGUUUGCAACUAAUAAAGGAUUCGAGUCUGCAUCCUUCUUCUUUCUCGAGGUUUCAGAAGCUCAGGCACUUACAAAUCGCAGGAGCCAUCUCCACUGUCGUUCCUGGAGCUUUUAAAAAUCUUUUGAAUCUGCAAAGGCUGGAAAUUAACUGCUUGAAAUCUUUCAAUUUGUCCUUUUCAUCUGAGAUUCUCAGCGACCUUCAGAACAUCACGACUCUUACGUUCCAAAACUGCAGGCUCUCGUCCAUGGCAGUGGAUUUGUUCAAAGGACUCACGAAGCUGGAAAAACUCAUAUUCGUAAACAACAUAGAAGAUUUUUCUGACUUAUUGUGCAGAUUAACAUUUGCAUCAUCGUCGUUACAGUAUUUAUCCGUGUUCUCUGAUAGCUGUGUUAUUCUUCGACAGCCAAAUUGCACUUUUUCUAACGGGACGUCUUUUGAUGUUAAAGAAAUCCAUGGAAUUGAGAAGGUCAGUCUCUAUCUGGGAAAGGUUAGGGUACUGGAUGAAAUGGCGCUCAAAUACUUCAAGAAGAUUUUUUUUUUAGCAAUAGAGUUUACUGCAUUUGAAGUUCUAAAAUUUGGAAUUGCAAAAGUGAACGAAUUACUUUUGCACUAUUAUAAUCAGAAGUUAAGCAGCUUUGAAGAAAUCUGUGAAAUUGUGCAUGAACAAUUGGUGACUGCACUAAGCAUAAGUUUCUUACAUGCAUCCGAUUCAUUUGUGCCCAAUUUAGAUAAAUGUACAUGGCUUGAAAGCUUUGAUAUGAAUGCAGUUACUAGUCAAGCUCAGUCACUGAAUUUAACAUUCAUCAAUGUUCUGAAGAACCUCGUAAAACUGAGCAUUCAUUGGAGAAUUUCCCCAGAGAGUAAAGUUCAAGAUCAGGCUUUGGCACUGUGUGAAAAUCAGAGUAGCCUCGUCACAAAACUCAAAAACGUGACUCUUCAAACGACCAAUUUCAGAACCCUCAGCGACAGAUAUUUUAGUUGCCUGCGAGAGCUUGAGGAACUGAAAUGGUUGAGCAGUGACAUUGAAUAUAUUGAAGAUUUUACAUUUAACAGAACAAGUUUGCUGAAAACACUGGACCUCAGUUCUAAUAAAAUAUCUCAACUUACAAAAUAUUCCUUAUUUGGUUUAUCGAACCUUAAAAAACUCGUAAUUAAUGAAAAUAUGUUACUUAUGAUUGACGCAGUAGCUUUACUUCAUUUAACAUCUGUAGAGUUUGUAAGUUUGGGAGUGUUUCAGUACCCGUCCUCUGAACCUUCAACGAUCCAGAUCAACCUCAGCAUUCCGGAAAAUUUGAAGGAGUUGUACAUCAGCUCGGGAAUAAAACCAAUGAGCCUUAUUUUAAGCAGCAGCAGGAAACCUGAAGCGGGUCUCAGCCUCCAUGUUUGUGGUCAGUCUGUGACUUUUCAGGAUUGUGACAACCCGCUUUUCCAAUCUCUCAUCCAAUUAACCGCAGAGACGGAGCAGUUGUUCUGUGGUCAGUCUUUUCCUGCUCGGUAUCUCAAAUCUCUGAGACGUUUGAUGAUCAAGGCAAAUCACAAAACCGCACAAAUGGAUUUGACGGAUUUGAAGCGACUGGUCAACCUGAAAAGUCUGAUCCUUUUUAAUGUUGAUUUGUCUCAUCAGUCUGGUCUUGAUGCACUUUUUCACAAUCUGUCCAAUCUGGAGUAUCUCCACAUGUCCUUUUGCUCGGUACCUUUAUUGGAGAAAGACUUGAGCAGAGACCUACAGUCACUAAAAGUGUUGUUUUUGCACACAAAUGAUGUGUUCAGUAUGAUGGAAAACUUCGUAGAGCCCCUGAAAAACCUUCGUUACCUGAUUGUGCAACAUGCUGUUCUACGCUGUAGCUGUGACAAUGCUUGGUUUACCAAUUGGGCCAAGUAUCAGCAGAGCGUUCAGGUCUAUUUCCUUGAAGGCUCACUGGAAAAACUGUUGUGUAAAACUGCCGAUGGAACCAAGUUCCUGCAUAAGUACGCUCAAGAUUACUGUUUUAUUGAUGUUGGCUUUCUCCUUUUCACCUGCACCUCUCUGGGACUGGUGUUCUUCAUGUUCGUGGUGCUGCUCCAUCAGCUGGCUGGAGACUACCUUCUGGCUUUCUUUCACAUAGCUCGUGCCUGGGUAGAGGAAGCCAUGAGGGCAAACAAAAAAGGACAUUACCACUUCGAUGUUUUUGUGUCCUACUGCGGGAAGGAUGAGCGUUGGGUGGUGGAUGAACUUCUGCCCAACUUGGAGAAACGUGGGCCUCCUUUUCUCAGGCUUUGCCUGCACAGCAGAGACUUUGAGCUCGGAAAGGACAUUGUGGAGAACAUCACGGACAGCCUCUACAGGAGUCGACACACGCUCUGCCUGGUUAGCCGCAACUACCUCCGGAGUAACUGGUGCUCACUGGAGAUGCGUUUGGCAACUUAUAGAUUACUGGUUGAACACAGGGACGUUCUUGUUCUGGUCUUCCUAGAGAAGGUUCCUCAUCGAGUCUUAAACGUACAUCAUAGACUGUACCAGCUGGUGAAGACCCGGACGUACAUAGACUGGCCACAAGACCCGGCUCUGCAUAAUGCAUUCUGGGAUAGACUAUGGACAAAACUCGCACCUAAAUCUGCAACCUAGAGUCAGACGUAUUAACUUUUUAGCAUAAGACACCAGUAACAGAGGUAGUAACACAACCUUACAAUCUCUCCAAGAAAGGGGUGAGAAAACACAACACAGACUGCUUGCUGUUUUUUUUCCCUGUUCUUCACAUCGUUACCAUAAAGUAAUAGAGGCUGUUCACACAUGGGGAAAAGAUAAUUAUUAUUUUUUUAUAAGUAGGCAGAUCAGAUGCUCGUUGGCCGUGCUGUGAAAAUUGUCCAUGUAGACGCUCAUCUAAGUUUCCAAACCUGUCAUUGCUUAACUCUUGAAUAUUUUCUAUCAUUAAAAAGCUCAUAAUUUCUGCUUUCCAAAGAAAUGUAUCUGGUUAAGAUCUGUUCAGUACUUUGGGAGUAACGGCAGGUUGAAGUCAGUACAACAGAGUAAAAACUCUGCUCACGGGACGUCGGGAAACUGCCAUUGCUUUUCUUUUGGAGUUACAGGAAAGCGGUCAGGCUUUCUCUCUCUCUCUCUCUCUUCUGAUUGGUUUCCCACUGGAUUACUCGUCAAUAUCAAUCAGAUCACUUUUAUAAGGAUGUUCUCUCGCUCUCACUGUUUCUGAUGAAGGAUUCAGCAAAAUUUUCCCUCUGCUAGUUUUGAUGUUCUGAUUCAUGGGAGACUUUUAAGUGAGUUUUCAUAGCUUUACCUACUUAUUUUUUCAAAUCAAACUGAUUCAUGUAAAUAAAUAACUAUUUUAGAAUAUAACUGGAGUUGUUUUGAUGAAAAAUAUUGAGCUCUUAGUGGUCGGAAUGAGAUUAAAA